GUGCAAGUCGCCUGCAUACUCGUCCACUUGAUGCCGUUAUCUACAGUCUGGAAACUGUUCUUUUUCUUAUUAACUAUAUAAGACCGGCGGCCUAAAAUUGCAUCCGUUGAAUGCCUGGUGCAUCCAGUUUGAACAUCAUCAUUCCUUAUCAGCAUCUCCGAUAAGGACCAUCAACAGAGUAACCGUCGGCCUGUCUGGCUAUUUAUAUUCUUCCUGCUAUCUGCCUUGAAGCUCAAGGAGCUUUAAGACAUUUAUAUCCUGCAUUUGCUUGACCCUGUCCUGGACCCUGCAGGAUCUUUGCCGGACUCAAGUGAAAGUCGCACCCCCUCCUCCGGCUUUUGAGUUUAGUUCCGUGCCGGGAGCCCGAUUUUUAAGUCUCAACGAUGGAUACCCAUCUAAAUCCGGAUGUUAUCGCCAGCUCGCCUCGAUUCCGGCGAAAGUCUAGCACGUUCGUGGACGCUAUUCACGAUCUUCCGGAUAAACCGGAGAUUGCACCGGCACAGCUCUACAGUACAGAGUCUGGCCGUCUGUUCCACUCUGGUCGAAUUGUCAUUAUUACUGUUGGCUUACCCGCCAGAGGCAAAACUCACAUUUCGGUGGCUAUCGCAAGAUAUUUGCGUUGGCUAGGUGUUAAGACCCGCAUAUUCCAUCUUGGAGACUAUCGACGUGCCACAGUUGUCCCGGGACAGGAUCUCCCUGAGGACUAUUUCUUCGUGAAAGCAUCCGCUUCAUCCGUUCUUUUGAGACAAAAAAUUGUCAAAAAGUGCAGAGAUGAUAUAUACCAUUUCCUUAGCGAUGAAAAUGGUCAAGUUGCCAUAUAUGAUGCUGUCAACCCUAUCGCAGCAGGUAGAAGGUCACUCGCAAAGGAGUUUGGUAAAUACGGCAUUCAAACUCUCUUUAUUGAAUCAUGGUGUGACAAUGAGAGGAUAAUUGAGGAGAACGUCCAAAGGGUAAAAAUAUCUUCACCCGAUUACAAAGGAUGGGAUCCUAAAGACGCUGUAAAGGAUUACUUAGCGAGAAUUUCGGCCCGUAUACCACAGUUUCAGACUAUGGAAGAAAAAGAUUUGAAUUAUAUUAAGAUGAUUAAUGCUGGGGACAAAAUGAUGAUAAACAACUGCAGUUUCGGGUAUCUUCACCAUCGUAUCGUUUUCUAUCUUUUGAAUCUGCAUAUCCAAAAUAGACGUACAUAUUUCGCACGGGCUGGAACUUCUCUCGAAGCGGAUUCUUACAAGGCAGAUGCGUCCCUUUCUCCGAAGGGGGAGGAAUAUGCUCAAAAAAUGACCCGACGACUUCUUGAACACCGUGAGGAGGAAAGGCGAGUCGCCUUGGAACAAGGAGAUUUAGAAGCACAAGCACGACCACUUAUUGUAUGGACUUCAACACGGCGCAGGACAAUAGAAACUGCACAAUACCUGCAUAAAAAAGGCUUUAAAACGCGUCACAGGUCGCAAUUGAGCCAGCUAAACCCGGGAGUGUGUGAAAAAAUGUCAGAAAGGCGGAUCCGGGAGGAAUACCCUGAUGAAGUAAAACAGCACGAUGAAGAUCCCUACCAUCAUCGCUACCCUAGGGCUGAGUCGUACCAUGAUCUGGCUGUUCGGCUUGAGCCUAUUAUUCUCGAGUUGGAACGUGAGAGAAACGAUCUCCUUAUCAUCGCGCACGAGAGCGUUCUCCGUGUGCUGUACGGCUAUCUGAUGGCGUGUAACGCAGCCGACAUCCCCUUCUUGUCGUUCCCUCGAGAUGAAAUCAUCGAGAUUAUUCCCGCAAGUUAUAAUAACGAAGCCAAAAGGAUACAUGUCCCAAAUCUUCCGCCAGAAAUAAUCCCCGGUUCUCCUGAAGACAUCAAAAUACCAGUGCCACCUAGUGGCACUGUUUCUCCGAUGCCCGAUGGCUCCAUUGGUGCUCUGACUAGAGGAGGGACUCCACAAAGUGGGCUGAGGACGCCACGCAACCCAGAAAGGAUCUCGCAACUCCACGUUGAGGACGUCGUAUAACGGACCGUUAAUGUCACAUUUAUAUAUGUAAAGAUAUGCCAUGAUUUUUCCUCGCCUAUGAUGAGGAGCAUAUG